AUGGCAAAUUUCAAGCAGUUUUAUAAAGAGUCUAGGAUUCGACACAUUUUGACCCCGCCCUAUCAUCCCAGCUCAAAUGGUCAAGUUGAGAGGAUGGUAGCAAUUGUUAAGAAUUGGAUAAGGAAAGCCGGCAAUCAAGGGAAUGGGGCGUGUUUGGCCCAGUUGUAUUACCUCAAUUUUAGGAAUAAGGAGGGAGUGACACCUGCUGAAUUGUUUUUGGGCCGGAGGACUAGGGUUCCCCUAGAUUUUCUAAGGGCCGAGAGUCACGAGAAGGGAGUUCGGAAGGACCGAAAGAUUAGGUUUGAAGUUGGAGAAAAAGUAUGGACUCGUUUGUUUGACGGGAGGGGCAGGAAAUGGGCCAAGGGCAUUGUUGGGGAAACAGAGGUUCAAAGUUGA